UCUUUGUCAGCUGUCAAAGUCAUAUCCUAAAGCCGAAGCAGAUUUAAAAUAGAAAACUUUAAUAUUUCCUAAAAAAUUUGAAUAACAUCUCAAAACUAUCCGGUAUCCUAUAUAAAAAUUGUUAAUUUUAAUGUUUUGAGAACCAGUUUUCCCAUUUCGUGUGAAAAAGGAUGUAUUACGACAGUACUGGGUUGGCAGUAGUCGGAUCAGCAGAACCACCGACAGCUUUAGGGUUGGAAUCAGAAUAUGUCCAAACCCAGUGUAUCCUUGCAGAUGGGGGUGAUCGAUUUGGGGUUAGUUCCCUUUGUUUUGAUAAAUCAGAGGAACUACUUUGGAUGGGCAACCAAGGGGGUCAUGUCACAUCAUAUUUUUCCAACACGAUUUCGAAGUACACCUCCUUUCAAAUACACGCGAACGAAGAGGUGCGGCAAAUCGUAACGUCAGAUGAAGGUUUGCUGGCAUUAACUGCUAGUAGUUUGAGAUAUCAAAUUCGGAGAGGAAUACCAGUUUAUACACAUACUUCCUCGAAUAUGGCAGAUAUGCAGAGUAUGCUACAAGUGUCUCCCAGUAGAUUACUGAUGGGUGGGCACGGGGAUAAAAUAGUCGAUUUCAAUUUGGACAUUUGUAAAGAAGCUCAAGUGGUCACUGUCCAAGACGGUGCAUCUGUAAUGUUAAGACCCCAUGCACGUUUCGUUUGCUGUGGCAGUCCCUCCGGAUCAGUACAAUUGAGAGAUCCGAUUACUUUGAAGCAAGAACAUACCAUUGACACCCAUACGGGAAGUCUAAGUGACUUUGAUGUUCAAGGGAAUUUAAUGGUCACAUGUGGAUUUAGUAAUAGGUUGGGAAACUUGGCUGUGGAUAGAUUUCUUAUGGUGUUCGAUUUGCGUAUGCUACGAGCCAUAACUCCAAUACAGACUGUGAUAGACCCUCUAUACCUUAGAUUUAUGCCAUUGAUUACGUCGAAAUUGGUGGUGGUUUCCGCCAGUGGACAAGCCCAAAUUUUGGACACUAUAGCCCUGGAAACGCCCAAGAUUUGCUUGUUGCAAGUCGAUUGUCCCGGUGCAAUGAUUUACUCGUUCGACGUGAGCAACACGAAUCAAGCGAUCGCUUUCGGUGACAGUGGCGGUCGGAUCCAUUUGUUUAGUAACAGGGAAUCGCCCGUUUUCAAUCCGUUCUCGCGUCCGACCGAGUUGCCCGAUCCCGUGGUCCAGUAUCCGAGUUUUUCCAUUGACGAUUAUUCUACGCCACUGUCUUCCAUUCCGAUGCCCUACGUGCCGCCGGGAGUGCCUCUACUGUCUGACUGGCCCGCCCAUUUGACUCAGUACGUUUAUAGAAAACCCCCGAAGAUCGACCAGGAGAUCCUAAGAACGAUGAAAAUGCAAGGAUCCAUAGGAUACGCCCCUAACCCCAGACACACCCGCAGAAAUCAAGUGCCCUACGACCUGAUGGGACAAAACGGACACCCCUUGAGCAACCGCAGCCCGAAACAUCAAGACAUCGACAGUAAUUUCAUCGCGAUUCCUAAGCGGUACAGGAAAAUCGACAUGAAGUACAACAAACUCGGACAGGACGAGUUCCAGUUCGAUAAUUACAAUAAAACCGGUUUGGUGGGCUUGGAGGCGGUGUUGCCGAACGCUUAUUGUAACGCCGUUAUUCAGGUUCUCUAUUAUAUCGAACCGUUACGUGCGGCCCUUUUGUCGCAUUUGUGCAGCAAAGAGUUCUGUUUAUCCUGCGAGCUCGGUUUCCUGUUUCACAUGCUCUCGAACAGUCCUCCGAAUCAGCCCUGUCAACCCGGAAAUUUCCUAAGAGCGUUCCGGACUGUACCGGAAGUGUCCGCUUUGGGCCUUAUUUUAAGCGACUUGGCACCGGAAGUGAAACAGAAAAUCAAUUUGGCCGCCUUGAUACAAAGCUGGAACAGGUUUAUACUGCAUCAAAUGCACGUAGAACUGAACGAAACGAGAAAACGCAUUGAAGAGAAAAAAGGGAAAAGCCACAAGUCGUUCGUUUACAAGGAAAUCGAUUUCCCAGCCAUAUCGAACGAGCGCACCAGAAAACAUUCCGCUGCGGAAGUAAACAACGAAAUAGAAACGGAAAAACGGGAAGAUCUAUCGGAAAUAAGCAACAUCUUCGGCUCGAAACAGACGCACACGUUUUGCUGCCUGAAGUGCGGCGAGGUGAACAACAAAGGAUCGAUUAUUUUAGCUUGCAACCUGAACUAUCCUACGGGCGAACCGGAACGGGAAGAGUGGACCUUCUGCGACAUUUUAACGAAAUCCUUAUGCCCGGAACAGACUACGCCCGCGUGGUGCGAGACCUGCAGUAAAUUCUCGCCCACCUCCCAAAAGAAGGUUUUAGAGAGUUUACCGGCAGUGUUCUCGAUCAAUACGAUGCUGAACAACGACCAGAAUAAACAGUUCUGGCAGACCCAGAUGGACAAGAUGGUGGCGAAGGUGUCUUCAGCGGACAUUUCAAAGUCGAAUACGCCAACGACCACCCCAACGAACACGCCCUCUUCGAAACCUUGUCGUUACGGCGACCAUUGUUCCAGACCGGGAUGUCGGUUUAGGCACAGUUUCGACAGCACUCCGCCCCCCAUUCCCGUCAAUAAUCCUUAUUGCAGUAACAAUUGGUUACCGCACGGGUUAAGGGUCACCCUGAGGGAAACGGGAUUGGAGAUUGUCAAGACCGAUGCUGCUGAUAAGAAAAAUGGAUCGACCAUCAUAGACCCAAGUACGAACGGAAAACCGGCAUUGGAAAGUCGCGAAUACGAACUGUCCGCGGUCGUGUGUCACAUAAACGACCAAAACUCUCCGGACAAAAAGAACUUGGUGGCCCUCAUUAAGGUGCCGCAGACAUAUUUGAAGAACAAGGAGAAUACGGAGAAUCGUUGGUACCUUUUUAACGAUUUUAGUAUUUGCCCUGUACCGGCCCAAGAAGCGGUUUGGUUCAGUCUCGAUUGGAAAAUCCCAUGCGUCCUCUACUACUCCGCAUUGGACAUAAAUGACGUAAAAACGGAAAUCCAUCAUCCCAUAAACCAAGAUGUGUUUACGGACGACACGUACAUCGUAACCCCGAUAAAUACGACCACUUUCACCCCACUGUUGAAUAACGAGGGUUUUAAAGCGGGCGAUUUGGUCGCGAUGGACGCGGAAUUCGUCACAUUAAACCAAGAGGAGGCGGAAUUAAGGGGCGAUGGGAAAAUGACCACCGUGAAACCGUCACAAAUGUCCGUAGGGAGGAUCACUUGUAUCAGAGGUCAAGGUCCCUUGGAAGGCACCCCGUUUAUAGACGACUACAUUUCCACCCAGGAGCAAGUGGUCGACUAUUUAACGAAAUUUUCGGGAAUAAAACCGGGCGAUUUGGACGCCAAUUUUAGCUCGAAACAUUUGACCACUUUGAAGUCCACGUACGUCAAAUUGCGGUUUUUACAAGAUAACGGCGUCGUGUUCGUCGGCCACGGACUAAAAAAUGACUUUAGGGUGAUAAAUUUAGUGGUGCCCCCCGAUCAGAUUAUAGACACCGUUCAGCUGUUUCAUUUACGGCACCAUCGGAUGGUCUCGUUGCGGUUCUUGGCGUGGCACUUUUUAGGGAUAAAUAUCCAGGGUGACAUGCACGAUUCGGUAGAAGACGCCCGGGCGGCCCUACAACUCUACAAAAAGUACAAGGAACUGAAAGAGGCGAACAAAGUGGGCGAGGCUUUAGCGGAAUUGUACGAAAUCGGCGAGCAACUCAAGUGGAAAGUACCGGUGGCCGAAUCUCCGAACGUUUUGUGAACAAACACGUGACUUAUUUAAAUUAUUAUUGAGGAAACGGUGGUUGUUUUUUUCCAGUUUAGAGAUCACUUACUUUAUGUAUGUUGGUCUUGAGAGAUUAAAGAGGUACAAUCCAGAAAACAAAUUAAAUAAAAUUUUAAAUAGUAAGAAACAUUAUACAGGGUUUAUAUUAUAUAAACCAAUAAUUUUUUUUUAAAGAUUUUAUAAGCAGAUAUGCUUGAAACGUGUAUCGGCUUCUUAGGGUCUUCAAAUCGAGUAAAAGAAUGGUAAUUUUUUUUUACUUUAAGGCUGAUGGGUCCUUUCUUGUUUGUUCCAGGGGUCUAAACGCAUUUUUUCAUGUCCAUUCCGCCUUUUUGUUGCUGAUAGAUUCGAUUUAAUUCAGUCUUGUAAAUUGGAAAAUGUUUGAAUAUCUUCCAGGUUCCUGCAACCGUUCGUUCAUUCGAUUCGGUAAUUGUUUGAUCAUUUCUUCAUUGAAUCGCUCAUUUCUCGUAACUUUUAGGCCAGUUUUUAACAUUUGAAUAAUUUUCACAGUUUUAGUUCACUUUAUUCCAGGUAUUUGGAUAUUGCGAUUUUUUUUUGUAGAUUUUUCUAUAUUUGGCCAAUCCUUAAUCUCUUCCAGGUUUUUCAAAUUCGUUUUAAUUUGAAUUGUUUAACGAACAUGAAAAAUUACUCCAAAUGCCUGGAAUUAAAUGAAAAAUUAUUCUGAACAACAAACAUGCCCAAACUUACAACAAUUAAAUGAAAAUAUGACUAUAGGAAAUUUCAUUAAAAAAUACCUGGAAUAAAACCAAAUAUGAAUCCUAAAACUGGGAAAACAACGUGGAGUGACGAGAAAGAAAGAAGGAAAAUAGUGGAUGCGCCCGGUAAGACUAAAAAAAAUUAAACGUUUCGGUUGUUUGGCACCAUCAUUAAUUUUUUAUAUUGAUUCUUGGAGACUAUAAAUCCCCCUUCUUAAAUUUAAGCAAUUGCAUUGUAAAUAAACGGUGGAUGCACCCUAGUAUGUGAUGUCGAAUAAAAAAAUACUCCAAAAUCCUAAGAAACAUUAAAAAAUUACUCCUGGGCUAUAAUCAAAUAUAAGUCCCAAGGUAAAGGACAUAAAAUUAGACCUGAAAUGUAUAUUUAAAAAAAAGUAAAUAAAAAAAAAAUUGUGCUUCUUUAAUAAUUAACUGAACGUCAGCCAAUAAACAAAUUUUAGGGUUUAGUGAUCUCUUAACCUAAAAAAUCAACCAUUUUCGCUGUAAAAAAUAAUGGCAAGGAUAGGGAUGUUAAAUUAAUUCAAACUUUUCAGUUCUUCCCCGAAUAAUACUCAAUAGUAUGUGAUCUCAAUAGUAAAUCUACCUCGAUUUGUUUUUGUUCGUUUUCAGUAAUUUCAGCUGAUUUUCGUCUCUAUCCUGCCAAAAUUUAAUUGAACAAACAUAAACGAUCAAAAAUAAGCAUUUUUUGUUGCUUAAAGUUUUCUUUUAUUUAUUAUAUAAUACGUUCGUGAUCAGGUUUAUAUGUUUCAUUUUUUUAAAUUUUAUUUAUACAUGUUUUUUAAUGUUGCAUUUAUUUACAUUUUUUAGUUAUAUGCGUGUCAAAGGCAGCUGAUGAUACUCUUCCUGUAUAAAAUAAAUUUUUUUAAAGAAGA